CUCAGACGGUAUCGCAUGUAAAGCACUUAGCUACAUCCACAUAGCUGUAUGAGCGUACUUGAAAUUCGAAGAAGAAUAUUUUAGACGAGAAAUCAACCAUUUGGUCUCUUAUACUAAUUAAAGAAUUGGAAGAAGCCAAGUUAAGCUGAUACGCCAUCCACGAAUCUUCUGCAAAGAUCGACAACACCUGGCCUUCAUUGUAACGCAUUUCUAAUCAGUUUAAAUUAGAUCUCGUUUGAUUCGUGAGAUAAUGCCGUCACCCGUGGAUCCCGACUUCCAUUGGUCCACUCUGGCAAUCGGUCUAUUGGCACCUGUCGUCGCUAUUAUUAUUCUGUUAGGAAUGAUUGGGAACAUCCUGGUAAUUAUCGUUCUUUGGCAACAACAACGCCGUUCGCACCGCGCAACAGGUAGUUAUUUCCUCAUAAACCUCGCCAUCGCCGACAUUUUUGGCUCAGCCAAUUUGAUAUUCAUGUUGUCGACCAUUAUCAAUCAUGGAGAGUGGAUUUUCGGGAAGUAUAUCUGUAAACUGAAUGGAGUCCUAACCGUACUUCUUGGUGCCACUUCGUUGCUUACGUUGUGCGCAAUCAGCGUGAAUCGAUAUUUCAAGAUCGUGGAAGGCGGAAAGUACAACAGGAUCUACACAAACACGAACACACUGCGAAUGUUGGCUCUUACUUGGCUGGUACCUUUUGUGUUGGCUCUUGCUCCUAUCCUUGGCUGGUCCGAGCACGAGUAUCAAGUUGGAAAAUGCGUCUGCCAUUUCUUGUUCAGUCGCAGUAUAUCCUAUACAGUAACCUUUGCCGUUUUCGUUGUCAUAGCACCCUUUACUGUCAUCCUGUUUUGCUACCUGAAAAUCUACAAAAUUAUCAAAACUCAUGGAGCCAUAAUGGGAAACCUUCGCCGAAGCCAACCAUCCGUUCAUGUAGAAGACAUUAAAAUCGCUACCACGUUGUUCAUCGUGAUAUUAGUGUUCAUAGUGUGCUACAUCCCUGCCAGUAUAGUCAACAUUGUGCAGAUGAUUGACCCUGAUUUCCACAUUCCUCAUUGGCUGGAUAUGGUCUCCUUUCUGCUUGUGGUCAGUAACCAUGCCAACAAUCCAAUCAUCUACAACGCCCUUAAUCGAUCAUUCCGGCAGGCCUUUCGCGAAGUUUUGCGCCUUCGACCCCGAAGAGAACCACGAGAUUUGAGUGGCAGUGGUGCCAAAUAUCCGAACUGUCAAUCUCGCACUGGGACAACAGCAAGGUCGCCUAGCAACCCAGGCUAUCAGCACUCCAGCACCUCAAGCGAAAAGCACAGUCCUGAGAUUAAACACAGUUUUGACUUUGUGGAUAAAAAAGCGUCAUUGCCAUGUUCAAAACUCAGGACUUCAUCCUGCUAAAUGAAGGUCGGGUUGAUGCCAAUUUCCCCCCUUCUGACUGCCAUAAAUUUCUUUGUAGAUUUUAGGGGAAAAUUCAAUGAUAAGAUCUGUAAAGGAUAACUUUUAUCUCAUUCUCAUCACUUGUUUAUCGGAUAAUGUAUCGACUUUGUAAAGAGAAUUUACAUAUUAAUCUCUUCCGGGUAGCAAAGUGUUUAUAAAAACUUAGCUGACGCAUGUGUUUUGGUUGUUAUAACCAUUUGGUUCAUCUUAUGCAUGAAUCAUCAAGAAAAUUCCACGUUCAAAAAGCGUCAUUUUCACCGAGGCUCUAGGGUGGAGAGGAGCAAAGUUACUUCGAAACAUUUCCCGAAGUUGCUGUUCUUCUCUUCACUUCCUAGACCUGGAACGCUCUGAAUCUCCCAACCGGGAGGGUCUGGGUUAUCGGCUUAGAAAAACCCUUACCGCGAUUAAAUGCAUUCACAAGCCGUCACGUUCGCCAUAUUGGUGUAGCUUAACGAAAAAUAGACACUCAUAUUAUUUAGCCAAAAGUAGUUCAAAGUUUAAGUCAAGUUUUAUUGGCUUAGGAUAAAGAUGUAAAUACGUUUAAUUAACGCGACGGAGAAAGUUUACAGAUAUGCAAGUGCCACUCUAGUUAGAAAGGAAGAUUGGUUAGAAAACUCGGCCUUUCUUUUUGCGUUGCGUUUUAUGUAUAUAUUUUUUGCACCUAACAGUGUGCACUGUUCAAAAAAAUUCCAGUUAUUUUGAACUAUCCGACCAUCAUUAAUUUAUUUUCUCACAAUUUGUGAACGCGGACCAAAAAUAUUCUGUUCGUUCGACGAGCAGGACAACACCCAUGUUUACAAUUUUGAUUUCUGCCAGUUUUCUCAACCAAUCACCUCUAGCAUAAUAAUAUCUCUUAUCAUGCAUGCUCCAUAUUUUAUCUUUACCUCUUAAAAAUGCCUUAGUUUUAAAUAUCAAUGUCUAACAUAAGAGCAGCUGAGAGAAAUCAACCGCUUCGCAUUGUAACGAAAUAAUAAUUCUCUCUGUAUAUAACUAGCGCGGGAACAAAGACUUCCUAUAAGUGUAGGCUAAUAUUUAUUAGAUUGUUACAAAUGUUUUUAGCGACGUAUUGUCUGUAGAUAGAGUAGAAUUGUAUAGGAAGAGGGUGAUGAGAUAUCGAAAUUUUUCGAAGUUUAUCAUGUAAUUUGCUUAUGUUAAAUACCUUUAGUUUCCAAGACGAGUUCGAAAACGAGUUUUGGAUUCAAUUCAAGUCGUUGGUGAAAAACCACUGUACGAACCAAACAGCUUGUACAGCUUUUGGUAUCGGAUUGACUUACUCGUGAUUGUUAAAUUAUGAAACUGCUAGCAUUUUUACCAUGUCACCAUGCUCGCAAAGCUUAUCCCAUAAAAUUGCUUUCUCCCCGCCAAAACAACGCAAAUCUGCGCACGCUCAUUAUCAAUGGUGCCAUUGGCGAAGCUAAAACUUGCAAUCUUAUUCCUCUUGGAAUCUAUAGGUCUCUACUAGGACAGAAUAAUGCUAGAAUAAAGAAGCAUAUGAAUCUAAAAGUAA